AUGGCUGACGCAGAAGAAAAAGCGCGCCAAGAAAAGCUUGCAGCGGCAAGAAAGCGUGUCGAGCAAAUGAAGAAGAAGAAGGGCAAAAAGACCACCAAGAAAGACGAUACUAAAGACGACGAAGAGACCACUCGAACGGCGUCGCCAGGUGUUGAAGAGCAAGCUGGAUCUUCCGAACCACCCUCAACGGAUAAACCUGAAGAGAAGGGAGAGGAUGCCGCUGCGGACAACGACAAGGCCGUCGAAGAUGAGAAAGCCGAAGAUGGAUCGCCCUCAUCUACCCCGUCACUUGCGCAGCAGUCUAAAAUGAGAUCAACUUCGUUCCGUGCUGGUGCAGCUGGAACCACCUCACCGGGCCCGUUCAGCCCAGAGGGCGACACAGCGCCGGAUAUCUACAGAAAACAAGUGGCUCGCAUCGAAGAAUUAGAAAAAGAAAACAAGAAACUAUCGAAAGACUUUUCCGACUCCGAGAAACGAUGGAAAAAGGCCGAAGACGAGCUUGCUGAGUUCCGUGAAGGCGACGGGGAUGCUUCUGCCAAGGGCAACGGCAGCGAUGAAACAGAAAAACUUAAGAGUGAAAUUGCCUCCCUCCAGCGACAAAACACACAGCUUCAGCAACAAGUCUCAAGAGGCUCCGGUCAUGGCCAUCGGCCAUCUGUAUCUGUCGCGACGCCCCCAUCCGACUUACAAGCCGAACUUGAUGCGAAGAAGUCGACCAUCGAAUCCAUGGAAAUUGAAAUUUCGACGUUGAAAGCACGCGUGCAGCGACAGGAGACUGGCGCUGAGACGGAGAAGGAACAAGUAAACGCUCUUGAAGAAAAGCUUGCCAGGGCGGAAGCUGCUGCCGGCAAAGCGCAACGUGAGCUCCAAGAUGUCAAACGCAACUUAGAAAGGACGACAGAUAAAGCGGUCCGAGAAGGGAGCGAGCGUUCCAGUGCUGAAGUCAAAGUCAAGACAUUGGAGCACGACUUGGAAGAAACAAGCAAGGCCAAAUCUGACCUGGAGAUCAAAGUUGAUGCGCUGGAAAAGAAAGUGGCGACUUUGACAACUAUUCACAAGGAGCAGGACUCCCGAUCUCAAGCGCUGAGAAGAGAAAAGGAGCGCGCAGAGAAGGACGCACAGGACCUGAAAGCCAAGGUCGAAAAGCUGGAGAGCGAAAACUUGAAACUUCGAAGCCGCAAGUCUACGGAAGGAGGUGGCGGCCUUGAUGACGAGGGCGUGGAUGAGCUUGAGAAUGAAGAACGACUCAGACUUGAAAAGAAGAUCCGCAGCCUUGAACACGAAGUGCAUGAGCUGCGGAGCGGCGCCUGGAUUGACAAACGCCGUGAAAUGGAAGCCACUAGCCCUGGUUUCCACGACGUGGAUCUGUCCGGCGGCCAGACAGGUCACUCAUCACAGAGGAAGCAUUCGACCAGUGGUUUUGGCGAGUUCUUCACGAAUGGCCUGAACGCAUUGGCAGGGGGAGGUGAACACGAUUUGAUGGAUGACGACGACUUUGACUUUGAUGAGGACGCCUUCCGUAAGGCUCAAGAAGAGGAGUCGAAACAGCGUCUGGAGAGGAUCAAGGAGAUCAAGCGCGGGCUGAAGCACUGGGAGGGAUGGAGACUUGACAUUGUGGACAUUAGGAGAGGCGGUGGCGAGGGCAUCGGAGACAUUUUCGACGUGUAG